AUGACAGCCUUGAGUUGCUUACUUCUCGCCAUCCUCCUCGGCCGCGCCUAUUCCGCCGUCGAGCUGAACGGUGCCGGGGCGUCCUUCCCCGCCGACGUCUACAGAGCAUGGCUACCAGCAUACAAGUCUUACAGAAGCAGGUUCAGCGCGGUGGAGAUGAAAUACGAGAUUAUAGGAAGUGGGGGAGGAAAAGAGCGUAUCAAGGGAACGACAGGACCGGAAGUCGACUAUGCUGGCUCAGAUUCUCUGCUGUCGGAAGAAGAUUACGCAAACCAUCCCGACCUUCAGAUGUUUCCGGCAAUGGCUGGGUCGAUAGUAAUUGGUUUCUACCUUAAGGGAAUAUCUGAACUAAACCUUAAAAUGGAUAAUGUGGUGGAUAUCUACAGUGGUGCCAUUCGAUGGUGGAAUGAUUCGAGAAUCGCCGACAUCAACCCUGGUGUAGACUUACCUAACGAACAGAUUAUUGUGGUGGCACGCCGAGACAAGUCAGGUACAACUGAGAUCUUCACGCGGGCCCUUGCCUCAGUCAGCCAACACUGGGCUGCUACAUAUGGAGUCUUUUCGAGAGGCGUCGAUGACAACGAAAAACCCUUCUACUGGAACGCGUCAGUUGUGACUCAAUUUGGGCAAACCAAUCGCGGUGUGUCUGGAAUUAUUCUGUCAAACAAAUUCUCCAUCGGGUACCUUGUUAUGUCGGAUGCGGUUACUUCAAAAGUCUCAUUUGCCAGGCUUCAGAAUAAGGCAGGGAACACGGUUGAAGCGUCUGUCAAGUCAGUGCAAAAUGCCAUGAAUGAUUUCGCUAGCGCCUUUGACGAACGUAUGACCUUGUCGUUAGCGAAUCCAACAGGAUUUAAUUCCUAUCCCAUCUCUGGCUACACCUACAUCAUUGUGAAAAAGACAUCCAUGACCAACUGUCAAUCAGCUAUAGAACUAGUUCGUUAUGUUGAAUGGUUUUACACCACAACUAUUCCAAGACAGGAUUGCGAGGACCUGUACAUGGUACCCCUGUCGGCAGAGGUCUACACGAUGACAAUGGAAAGAAUCAUUAAGAAAAUCACAUGUAACGGCAAGAAUGUCUACAGCAUGCUCGUGGCCAUAGUGGAGGAGGAACAGCUAUCACUGCAGACGUGGCGAGUCCCUGUCUACGUCGGAUCUCCCCUUCUAUUCAUAGCUAUUAUCAUCAUCAUACUGUAUCUUGUUAGACAUCAGAUCCGUCUUCAUCAAGCCUUGUUACGAAACGAGUGGCUUAUUCGAGCAAGUACAAUAUCCCUUGGAGUCUCCAAUAGAACCAUUGCCCUUCAUGAAGACAACAACCCACCUGUCAUCUUCUACUAA